AUGGAGGACAGUGCACAACUCGAAGAUGCGCUAUAUCGAGCUUGCAUCACAGCAGACUUGCCACAGGUCAGACUUCUGGUCCAGGAGCAGAAUGCAUCUGUCAACAAAAUCAUCGGACCCCCUGGACAGCUGGAAUAUCCUUUGAACCAUGCGGCCAAGACGGGUUCAGUACCACUGGUACGCUUCCUGCUCGACCAUGGUGGAGCGACUGUGAAUGCAGCAGCACUACAAAUCGCUGCUUUUGGAGGAGAUCAGCCUAUGUUGCAACUUCUUCUCGAGCCCAUCAAAGCCCAAUUGACGACUUCGGGCAUGUCUAGGAAAUGGCGUGGAGAUCUUGCCUCAAUUCUAGUCGGCACGACCAGGAGAGGUCGUAGCGAGACCGCUGAAGUUCUCAAGGUGUUCCGUUCAAGAGUGGCAGAGUUCGACAAAGCUGUCGAUUCUGGUCUUCUGGCAGCAUGUGCUGCGGGUGACAUGCGCUCUGUCAAAUACUUCAUCGGCAUGGGAGCCGAAAACAGAGUCGAAGCCAUAUGCACUGCGUCCGAAUACCAUCAGUCCGAACCUCUGGAAUACUUUUUGAACAAUCAUACAUUCGAACCCGAAGAUCUCGUUGAUCCCUUGAUUUCAACAGCCGGCGGCGGCCACAUGCCAUCUGUUCUAUUACUCAUCGAACAAGGGGCAGAUGAUGAAACAGGCGCUGCACUGGCUAGAGCUGCGAAAUUCUCUCACGCAGAAGUAGUGCAUCACUUCCUCAGCACCUUCAGAUACACAAAAGACAAACUGUCGCUAGCACUUGCAGCAGCCGCUCGUGUAGGCGAUACGGAGAUAGCAAGCACACUCAUCAAUAGAGGGGCUCACAAAGGUGCUCAUGCGUCUGGAGCACUGACCUUCGCAAUCCAAAGAAGUCAUCUCGCAGCGACAGAACUCUUGGUUCGAAAUCUUGCACCCACUCAGACAGAACUCUCCACCGCGCUGGAAAAGGCAAUGUUCAUCUGGCUACGACCUGCACAGACAUAUAAACCUCAUCUCUCGAGAACUUCUAGUCUUUCGUCUAGAAGCACAAACAGCGAGAUCGAACCAACGAUACCAGAAGUUCUACAAAAUCGAGAAGAGUCUCGAAGACGUAUCGUCGAUUUGCUUCUUGAAGCUGGUGGUCGAUUGUCUGAGCUGUACUACUGUCGGCUUUUGGAAAUGAUGAUUCUCACUCAGAACAAGUAUGGCGUCGAGCUAUUACAUGAUAGCGCCAGAUUCACCACGGUUGAAACGCUACCUGAUGAGUAUUUGGUCAGCCUCGCAAUAUAUCAUCAACAAGACGACAUGGUGAAUCUGUUGCUCGGCUUCCCUGUAGCGCGCAGACCCGAGCUACCAGAGUCGACAGAGCUCAAUAGCGUACAAUCUUUUACCGAGGACACUCCUGCAUGGGAGUCGAAGGUUUACAACCCAAUUCCUAGCCCACUCAUAUUGGCAGCAAAGUUUCAGAACGAGGAUUGGUGCAGGACACUAAUCAAUCGAGACGAAACCGACGUCCACGAAUGGUGUUAUUAUAGGCCGACCAAAAGACUCUUAAGCUAUUAUGGGUCCGACNAGAAAACACAAACACCAAAAGACGAACAGUACGAAGAACUCGGCUGUCCAUUUGGCACCGAGGAGUUACGUGAUUGCGCUCUUUCUAUGGCUGUUCGCUCACGAGAUGUACCUAUCGUCCGUCUGCUCAUCGAAAACGGUGCAGACCCCUGGGUGAAUCGACAAGGCGUUUCUAUCCUUGAGCUGGCAGCAAAAGAAAAAUGCCUACGAGACGUUUUGUUGUUCUUGGAACAGUCUGUUACUAAGUUGAACGUCGACCGCCAAGAGUGGGAUGGCGGCAGGAGCAUGUUGCACUGGGCUGCGAUAUAUGGCAACAGUGACUUGGUUGACUUGUUUUGUAAANAAGGAGCAACUCUCGACCUCUCGGACGCAGUGCUCAGGACACCACUGCAUCUCGCGGUGGCCGCUGGAAAUAUCGAGACGGUCAAGGGUUUGCUAUGGGCUGGAGCCAGGACAUCACGCAGGGAUUUGGGUGAUUGCCUAUGCGUAGAUGAGCUUGCCACGAAGCUAGCCCAAGAAGCUUCGUGGGCAGAUCCAUCACGAGCAGUCAGAUUUGAGAUCAGUCGAUUCCUGGAGGAUUGGGUGAAGAACAACAUGGAUCAUCUCGAUGCUGCCAACAUCCGUCGAGAGUCAGAAGCAACUGAAGAGAGAGCGAAGGUGGAAAAGACCACACAGUCAGUCGGAGAUGAUUUACUAGACCAUUUUAGCGAUGAGGACAGUGUGCAUUGGAGCGAUGACGAGUAG